AAGUGAUAUUGACGAUCAAGCAGGAGCUGGAAAGUGUGUGAUCACACCUGCAUCCUCUUCUGAAAUCUUUCUUCCACACCUUCGUUUAAGCACUUCCUGCUGUGCGUUUCACUGUUGAUCUUUCUUGUUUAUUUGAUCCAGCACGGCCAGUUUGGCCAUUUCUCCACCCCGCUGUAUGUUGAUUAGCCAGUAAUAGCAGUGACAUGUGGAAUUUUUCAUUACCUCGCCCCAGGGGCACCAUGUUGCCUGUGCCUGUGUAUCGUGCAGCCUUUUCCUUUUUUUCCCCCUCCUGCCGUCUCUCUCUUACACACACUCAUUCUCUCUCUCCGGUAUUAUUCUGAGUCAGCCGGUGGCGAGCUGCGGUUUGUUUGUUUGGGGUCAAGCCAGCUGUAUGGGGGUAGCGGUAUCUGUCAGUCACUGAUCUCCUCUCCAUGGCCUGCCGUCCCGCCGGCUCUGGCUCCUACACCGUGGUCAUCAUCCCGCUCAAGACCAGCCUCCACAGCCUGGACGCACUUCGCUUCUACUUAUGGAUUAAGCGUCUAAAGGAGCUGGAGAAAGAGAAGGACGCUCUAUGGUCCGGGCUGGACAUUCUGGACAAGACCCGGCUGUGGUACGUGCAGCGGCUGCAGGAGAACCAGGCCCUGCAGCACGUCGAGAGCAGACAUGGCUCUGGCGUCUGUCAGCGCAGUGCAGAGGCUCGCUCCUGCGUCCUGAGGUCUCACAUCCAGCGGGUCAACGGUUCCCUGGGCUCAGUGAUGAGUGAGCCCAACUUCCUGAGCUCCAGCAACCCUUCCAUCCCCGAGGCGGUGGCGGACAGCGAGCUCCGGUGGCAAAACACAGUACUGACGCAGGAAGUGAGUGAUAAGAAUCGACGGAUUUCUUUGCUGGAGCUGCAAAAACAUGAACUCCUUGAGCAGCUUGAGGACCUUCAUUCCUUCUGACUCGCUGCCCUCACUGCAAACUUUCAUUUCACUGGUUGGCUAUGUUGAAAGCACUUCUUUGUAAAUAUCUAUUUAAAUGAUUAAAUUACAGUGAAAAUUGCAUAAUUUGAUGGUGUUCUUUCGGUUUCUAGCUUGCCUGGUAUUUUCCCAGUGCUGCCGUAAGUU